AUGGUCAACGAGACUGUAAAUUCAAUACGAGAAAUGAUUGGUGGGUUGGCCUACAAUACCCCUAUAUUGAUUUCCGUCGAUGGGAAGAAGGAAUACAACAACGAAGAUAUAGAAAGACUCCAGAAAUACGUUGAAAACUUGCGAAUACGAUUCCUCCGUGAUCCCUAUGUCACUAUUCUCAACAAUUAUCAAUUUGGCCACAUUUCGAAUAGUAUUCGAGUGGCGCUGCAGGUGGUGGAGACUGAAUUCAUCUACGUCGUCCAGCAUGAUUUCAAAUUCAUCAAGCCCAUCAACCACACAUCUCUAGUCGGUGUCAUGCGAGAACACCCCAACCAAAUCAAAAUUGUAAGGUUCGGUAAACGUAAACAUCGAGAAGACGUUCUUGACGUUUGUGAUGAAUAUAAUGAGUUGGAUUCCGUGAAACAUGGCCUGUAUCUUGCACUUGCACAUUGGUCGGACAACAACCACUUUACUACCAAGAAGUACUACGCAAAGGUGUUAGAUAAUAUUGGUCCUACUCCCAGACCAGUAGAGCAUCCCAUGAUGAACAAUCUUAUCCUGAAUGCAUCCGAUUGUACGUACGUGCGGCAGUAUCUUUACAACUGGAAGCACGGUCCGUUCAUUGAGCAUCUCGAUGGCAGACUCACGCUUCAGUGA